AUGGAGUCUGUCACCAUCUCUGACUGCCAACAACACGUCGUUGCGACAUGUCACGUCUGUCACAUCAACACCCACACCGACGUGGCCCAUCAUAUCCACUCUGGAAUCCCAUUUCUCCUCGUUUUCAAUCUGUCUGCCUCGGAUCCUCUUGCAUAUGCCUGGCACCACCUCAAUUUUGUGUGCAUGACCACCACAUUCUACAUCCAAUCCGCACACAUGUCCACAGCUGAACAACCACACAACAUACCUGUCUUCGACGAAGCUGUCAAGAUGCGACCUUGCGAGGCCACCUUUCCUAUUACGACAUAUGACAACUGUAUGUCCUCUCCACCCCACUUCAUCAUUUCUUGCUAA